AUGCCGGGUCUGGCUACCGCCAGCCCUUCUCCGCCUGAGUCUCAGGAGAAAAAGCCACAGAAGCCCUGCUGCACCUGCCCGGAGACCAAGAAGGCGCGCGAUACGGGCAUCUCUGAGAAAGGAGAAGAACACUGUGGGCGUCUCAUUGAGGCUCACAAGGAGUGCUUGAGAGCUCUAGGAUUUAAGACAUGA